AAGUACAAUCCAUCAGAUGAAGAUAUUUCGAGGUCCGAAGAGAGGAAUUUACCACUUUAAACAGAAUGACAUAGUCGAAGGUUUUAAUAGUUUUGUAGGUUCUGAGAAAAAGCAAAGCACGAUUCGCCAAGAAUCCGAAGAUAUAUCUCUAGAUGAUACUUUUUUUAUAACCGACUAUGAUAAUUUCUUCAUCCUGAUAUUGAAAUCCCACGCAGGUUGGACUGGUUAUGUAAAAGCAAGAACUCCUCAGAUCACUUCUGAUCAACUUCAAUUAAUCUCAGAUGUUUUGUAUGACAACGGAAUUGAAUCUCCAGUAAUGACCUUGAAAAAUGUAUGCCUUGGUAUGGAUAAUGAUGAAAAUGAUCCUGCAGCCGUUGUUCUCGUUUAAAUUUGAAACUCCUAGAUUGAACCAAAAAAUCUGUCAAUUUAAAUCACUUAAAUAUAUUUACACCGAAAAUACUAUAUAGAAAUUAAAUACUUAACUCCGUCAUUGUAACCCACCAUUUCGCCAUGUGGUCUAACUAAAUUGUGUAUUUUAUUUUUUUUUGGUUAUCACAAUAUGUGGAAGCCGCACAUUAUCGUUUUUGACCAAUAUAACCUUGUGCAUGCAUCCGUUAACAUCAUAUAUCUUAUCUUACUUGGGCGAAUAAACAUAUAUACUG